AAACGCAUUUGAAGAAAAUUUUGGAGGAAGGCUGCACUGGUGGUUGGAUAUCCGAGAAAAUGAGGGAUGCGAUGUACGUGGAAUAUCCGCUUUGGCCUAUAGUGAAAACGGACAGAGAAUUGACUGCGGUAAACUCAAAAAGGAUUCGGUUUGGCCAUAGGAGAAACAAGAACCUUAAGGAGCUACUGUCAUCCGCAGAUCCGGUAAAUAAAUAUGAUAACAAUCAGAGGGGUGUACAAAAAAUGGGCUCAUUUCAAUGUGGUAACUGCGUAAUGUGUAAUACACUGAUUCUGGGGAAAACAUUUUUCCACCCACACACUGGGAAGCCAUAUGAUAUAAAGCACAGACUUACCUGCACAUCCCGAAAUGUGAUUUAUAUAAUUAAAUGCCCCUGCGGUCUUAUAUACUGCGGGAAGACUAAUAGACAAUUACGUGAAAGGAUUAGUAUGCAUCGUUCAACAAUCCGGGCAGCAUUGGAACCUAAACCAAAGAAAAAUGUCAAACAGGAUAUAUCUAAACAACCAGUAGCCCAACACUGGCUACAAGCUAAACAUCCUGCCUCUUCUUUUAAAUGUAUGCCUAUCGACUGUAUCCAGGAUACCCCAAGAGGAGGGAACACAGACCGUAUGUUGCUCCAGAGGGAGGCAUUCUGGACAUAUGAACUGGACUGCGUGGCUCCAAGGGGCCUAAAUACGGCAUUGCAGUUAAAUUGUUUUGUAGCCACAGGAUAAGUAGAUAGACUAUAGUAAUUGAUCAGUAUGGCUUAUAUACUCCGUGGACAUGUUCAUAUAAUCAUAUAUUAUGGAUCAGUUGGAUUGGAGACAUAUAGUGAAAUAUAAAAAUAUAAAAAUAUAAAAAUAUAAAAGUAAAGUAAACUAAAUCAAAUUAAUAUGAACAUAAUUCACUGAGGGGUCUCGAGCCAUGACAGACUAGAUACAGAUGUUUAUAAUAUUUAUAAUAUUUUAAAUUCUUUUUGCACUUUGCACUCUGCACUUUAUAUACACAGGACUCACAACAAAUAACUGUUAUUUAGAGCUUUUUAUGUAUUCUAACAUUUUAU